UUUUUUUUUAAUUUAAUUAAUUAAUAAUCUUCCUCGUACUUAUCAUGAAAUCUGCUUUCUUAUUCUCUUUAUGUGUUCUUGCCAGCACUGUGUUUGGUUGUCAUGGUCUUCAAGCAGUGGCUGUACUCAAAAAUGAUGAAGGUGCUCAUGGUGUAGUGACAUUUGAUCAACCCAAUAAUAAUGGUCCAACCAGUAUUCACGCUGAAGUUUGGGGUCUUCCUGCUGGUAAGCAUGGUUUUCAUGUACAUGAAUAUGGUGACUUGACUCAAGGUUGCAAUUCGACAUUGGCUCAUUACAAUCCUUUCAAUGUAACUCAUGGUGCUCCUACGGAUAAGAUUCACCAUGUCGGUGACUUGGGUAACAUUGAAUCUUCAGGUCCUGAUCAAGCUGCUGUUUUGGAUAUUACUGCUGACUUUAUUCAUCUUCAAGGAGAUAUAAGUGUUCUUGGUCGUGCUAUUCUGAUUCAUACUGGUGAAGAUGAUUUGGGUCGUGGCAAUUCUCCUCUUUCCAAAACUACUGGUAACGCUGGUGGUCGUUUCUUAUGUGCCGUCAUUGGUUGGGCUGCUCCUAAACAAUAGAUUCUUUUUUUUUUCUUUUUAAUCUUUUCAGUAUAGUUUAUUUUAUCAUCUUACAUUUAUUUUUAUUUUUAUUUUUUUUUGUAUACAGUAAUAAUAAAAAAAAAACAAUCUCCCUCCUUUU